AUGGAGAUGCGGAUGUUAAGGUGGACGAUAGGUGUAACGCUAAAAGAGAAAGUAUCCAAAGACACUGUGCGCUCCAUCUUCGGCGUCAUCCCGAUAACUGAGAAGAUGAAGGAGGCCCGACUGAGAUGGUUCAGUCACGUCUUGCGGCGAGAGGAAGAUUCUGUUGCCGAAACCGCGCUGAAGCUCGACGUUUCAGGAAUGCGCGUUUAUGUAUGGCUGAUGCAAUGGAUAGAACCAAAUGGAAGACAAGAAGCAGAAAGGCGGACCCUGCAACAAUGCGGGACAAACGCUAGGAAGAAGAAGAUGAUGAUGAUGAUUGCUGAGCCGUCUGCUCAACACAAGCAGAACUAG